AUGCGCACCACAAUACUCCUCACAACUUUCCUUCUCUCCACAACAACACUCGCCGCACCAACACAGACACAAACACGCACCAACUGCCGCUGCGUCCUCGUCUCCGAUGCCUUCAACCCCCUCGAAACCCCCUCAGCUGCACACUGGACACCCGCCAACUGGAAGCCCACAGACCCAACCCCCAGCGCCUCCCCUUACCACCAACAAAGCCUCGACAAAUGCGCAAAUCUCGGCCCAGAGCUAGAAAACUUCCGCCACGCAAAGCCUGACCUUUACGAAUCUUACGUGCGCGACAAGCUCUCCUCGAAAACGCCUUACCCUAGCCAUGAUGAAGAGCAGAAACCCCUACCUACAGAAGUCCUCAUGAACAAGGAGGCAAGACCGACAUCUCGACCGAACGAGAGGAUAGUGUGCUACUCAGAACCCGAGGCGUUCUCCGCGUACAGCGACUCGUGCCUUACGCUCUGGGCUCUACAGAUCAUUGUCGCCGUCACAAUUCUGGCAUGUGUCGCUGAGGGCAUUCAUCUGGGCAUGCGGUGGUUCUCCGGCUCCUCGACAGAUUCUGAAGAGGACCAGAUUUCAUCUAAAAAGGCACUACGACUCCCCGGCGCUGAACGACUACUCCUCGCAAUCCCCGCCCAAGUGAGUGAGAAGGAUGAGAUUUUCAGCCCCGGUGCAGACAAGAAGAUCAGGGCGUACGAGGCGACACGGUACUUUAUUGUCAAGAGCUCGAGCGGGAGGAGGGAGUUCAUUGCGUAUGACAGUGAGGACGAUGAUGAGGCGAACAGGCCGGUGAUGUGA